GUAAACGAAGAUGAUCAUGUUGAAAAGGAAAGUGAUGGAGACAAUCAAUUGUCUGGGUUGGAGAGUAGCGAGAAGAAGCAAGAUGUAAAUGUGGGAGCAUCAAGCACGAAGAAGAGAAAGACGAAGCAGAUUGAUCAUGGUGCAGAGAGUCGAAAAAUGCAACUCCUAUGUCAGCGAGCCGCAACGUCGUUCACUCAUGGUUUUGAUGAAGAAAUAAAGUCAUUCAUUAAAGGUAUGUUUGAAGCUUCUUUCAAGCCUUUUAAGGAAGAAAUAAGCCAGCGAUUGAAGAAGGUGGAGGAGGAUGUAUCAGAAGUGAAGGAGAUACUAUCGACUAUAGCAUCAACUUCGACACAAGCCACACCAUCAUCCUUUAAACCAAAAGAUGUGGGGAAAUCACCAUCCGUUCAACCAAAAAGUUUGCCUUUUAAGGAAGAAAUAGGCCAGCGAUUGAAGAAGAUGGAGGAGGAUGUAUCAGAAGUGAAGGAGAUACUAUCGACUAUAGCAUCAACUUCGACACAAGCCACACCAACAUCCUCUAAACCAAAAGAUGUGGGGAAAUCACCAUCCAUUCAACCAAAAAGUUUGGUACGUAAAAAGUAA